UGGACACACUGACUCUCUUAGAACGCUACACGGCUACCGAUAUAGCUAGGUAGAAUAGAUUAGAUAUGUCUGUACAUGUUCGGUCAGUAAAAUGUGAUCUCGAAACUUUGCCAACCUUUGAUAAAACAUUAAACUGUUUAUAUCAGCCAUGUUAGCUAUAUUAAAAAGUCUGGUUUUGGGUUUGGAUACAUUUAACUCUUAAUUAGCUAGCCUAGCUAAAUUAGCUGACCUAGCAUAGCUGGCUAGCGAAGUCCACCGACGUGUUUCAGUUUGCUUUAGACUUUCUGCUAAACUAUAGCCGCACUGUGUGCAUAUGAAUAAAUUAACUUCCUACCUUCUCUGUGUAAUUGCCAGUUUAUUCAGUAACGAUGAAACAGCGGAGACUAGGUUUCAUUUACAUAGCCUCCUGCUCUAGCUAGGUUAGCUAACUGCAUAACUUGCAUUUCGGUACACCUGAAGGUGGCAGCAAGGUUUAGUUCAACUUUAUGGGUGAUAAACGUCAGAGAGCGAGAGUGCAGGGUUCCUGGGCAAAACCGUUGCCCAAACCAGCACGCCCUACAGUGUCAGGUGGGCAGCCAGUGACUGGGCCAUGGAACACUGGACCAAGAACAUUUGAGUUCCAUCAACCAACUAAUCCCAUUAGAGUGAUACCUGAGGACAAGACAAUAGAAGAGGCUGGGGUCUAUGAGAUCAGCCAGGGUCCCACAGGAGUGUCCAGACUCCGGCUGUUACCCAGGUUUCUGACCAUGGAGGAAGCUGACUGGAUGUUGGCAACACUGCUGGCUGAGCUGCCGUGGUCACAGAAGACCAAUUAUGGCAUGAUGGGGGGAGCAUACGAGGAACCCAGGUUGACUUGUUGGUACGGAGAACUGCCUUACACGUAUUCUCACUCCACAUUGCAAGCUAACCCUCAGUGGCAUCCUGUCCUCACAACGCUGCGUCAGACCGUUGAGCGUGAGACCUCUCACACCUUUAACUCGUUACUAUGUAACUUGUACCGUGAUGGGAAGGACAGCAUUGCUUGGCACAGUGAUGACGAGUCCUCUUUGGGCCCUCACCCCACCAUUGCCUCUCUCAGUCUGGGGGACACACGAGUCUUUAGCCUCCGGAAGAAACCUCCUCCAGAGGAGAAUGGAGACUACAAAUAUGUAGAGAAACUGAGGGUACCAAUGAGUCAUGGGACACUCCUAGUAAUGGAAGGAUGCACUCAAGAUGACUGGCAGCAUCAGGUGGCGAAGGAAUACCAUGACCGAGGCCCUAGGAUAAACCUGACCUUCCGUACAACCUACCCAGAACCAGAACAGCCGUCCAACAGAUGACAGAUAACCAUGAAGAAGACGGGCUAGAGGAGAAGUGGAGAGUUGGAAGCAAUCAGCAACAGAGGCAGGGAAUGAAACUGAUAAAGGAAUUUGGUCUUUCUCGAACACUUGCAGAACAUCAACAAAAUAAUGAUGGAUUGCGUUGUCGUGUUCACCAAAUAAGGAAACAGACUCUGCUGCAACAUAAUAUCUUACAUAGUGAAGUAGCCCUUUUCGGUGGUGGUCAUACUGUUCUGCAAAAUGAUCUUUGAAGAUAUUAAAUGAUUACUUAAACAUAACGUCUACUUAUUGGGUUUUAAGAUGUUAUUUGAAACAAACAAAAUUUUUGUUUAAACGAUUUUUCUGUUCAACUGAGUGACUUAUAAUAAUGUAGCCAAAUGUAUGUUAAUUUGCACCUCCUAAGUAAGCAUUUUUUGUUUUUUGCUUAAGAUGCUACAAAGUUUCUAAAGGCAUUUUGUUCAGUGUAGGUAACAACCUUUGUUAUUGCUUCUAAUAGUUUUAGUAUUACAAGAGAAUUACAAGGCCCACAAGCACAUGUUAAAAGGUACAAAAAUGUUCAGUAUUGACCCAGACAGUUGUUCAUACUUUGGUUACAGACACAGCUCUUAUGCAUGCACACUUGGAGGCAGUUCUUUGUAUGUGGGCAAACUGCUCUUUUAUGCAAUGAGUGCAGUUCAUGUGCAGUUUGAAGCUGGGUUAGGAUCUGAAUGGAUAUCUGUGCUUUCAAACACAUCUUAUGCUGGAUUGGUUUUCCAGACAUUUAUGCUCUCUAUGAAAACAAAGGUGACUUGCUCAUUUAUCAUUUGCUCAUGUCCUGCACACACAUUUUCAGAUGUGCUUCUGUUUUAAAGGUUAACAAAGCUGAAUGUAUACAAAGGUCUUAUGAUGCUCAUUGUACUCAGUGACCCUUUGAUUUAAGGAAAGUGUUGCUAUUAUUUAACUGCAUAUGUAAUCUAGACUGAUUUAUACUACUAGCUAUUAGUAUAGCCUCAGUGCUUUGGAAAAUUGUAACCUCAAGAUUUUAACCAAGGACCUUUAUCACAGCUUGUACCUGUUACGAGAGAAUAAAUCCCUCGUUGCUUGCUGUGAUCUACUUGUAGUGAUUUGUUACAGAAGUUUAAUUAAAGCUACACUGUGUACCUUAAUACUUCACAGGCUUUGCCUUGGGCCACUUGUGAGAACCAAUAAAAACCGAGCCGUGUUUGGAAAGUCAGGCUCUUGCUGCGUCUGUGCUGGAAUGCAAUAGCUCAUUCUGUUUACUGUAAUGGGUUCAGUGGGCCUAACCUUUUACUGACGCAACUCAUGAUGUGUGAGAGAGGGAAAGGGAACACAUUUGCUUUUCAAGUUUUUCAGAGGAUACUUUUAUUUGUACAUUUGGCAAAAACAAUGUCUCCUGUGACUGGCAUGUCUUUUGAGUAUAGUCCAGUCCAAUCCUUCCAAUGUCAUGCCCCUGUUCCCAAAUCUCUUAUGGUAAGUCACUGAAAAAAUGUGCGCCAGUAAAUGUACUCACGAUAACUCUGGAUAUGCUUUGUUAGCCAUGUCUACAUAUUAGUUGUCCAUGUCUGCUUCAAUGCUGGAAAAUGGUUCCCCUCUGAGUCCAACUGGCUGACUCUGCUUUCAGUUGUUGCAUAAGAACCAGGCGACUUGUGUUUCCACUCACCCCACCACCUUGCUCCAUUAGUACCAUGUAGGCUAGAACCAAAGCACUAACUUCAGCUGCCUGAGAUACCUAUCCAAACAGAAAGCUCUCUGUUAUCAAUGCCAUGUCAACAUUCUCCCCUCCUAUAUCAGAUAGGUGUAGCUGGCCUGUUUUUCAGUGUGUUGAGAUAUUUUGAUGUAUUAUCAGAUCUGCGUGAACUUGGUCAUGUUUUGAGUAAUGUGAAUGGGAAUAGACAUAGUAGACAUAGCGGACCUGUGUGCAUUUUCCAAACCAACACCACCCCAAAUAUACCUACACCCACAGUAGUAGCAGGCUUCAGUCAUCCAUCUGUGAGGGCAGUACUCCAGCCCUCAUUAGCUCUCAAAUUCAAAACAGUUCACCAUGUGUGUUCUGUUUAGUGCUUAGGACACUGCCACCACUGUUCUUUCGUUUGACUUUCAUAUGUCAAAUAAUGAAUAUUUGCUGUUUUUCUUUAUCACUUUCUUUACAUUGUAGUCCAUGUUUUUGAGUAAAAUGUGUCAUUAGAACAUCUACUUCAUUUGAAUGAAAUUGCUUGUGAAUGUCAACUCAAAUGGACUCCGUUUCAAAUCUCAGCAAGAAUACUUAUGUUGAAGGCUGUUUGAGGCAGGCAUGUGACCUCAACACCUGUGUGACAUA